GUUUUGGGGGGUUUUGGGGCAGAUGGGACAUUCUGAGAACUUUUUAUCAUAGCUCAUCAUUUUCAGCACAUUUUUUCCUAUAGAAAAACACUGAUUAGAAAUAUAUCUCCGGGGGGUGCACUGAACCCCCUCCUUCCAACUAGACUACUGGGUGAGCUACGCAAACCUUGUACACCCAUAGUCUGUAGCAAGUGUCAACCAUAGAAAACAUUGUCACAUUGAUGAGCACACUGGCACGACACGGAUUUUAUUUUGAAAUUCUUCAGCGGAAGUGGUCUUGUUCGAAUUGCUCCGAAAUUGACAGGCUUAAGAUGUGAGGAGGCGUCUAAACAGGAAGAAAGUGGGAAAACAGCAAAGUGAUGGAUUCGUUUGUUACGGACGGAGACCACCGACACCUAUCCGCCAUUACACGCCCGGGAGGGUUUUAAAGACCACUUUUCCUCCGGAUCGAAGGAGUCCGGACGGUCUGUGGUGAACUGCGGAUCCUCUCCGCAGUCUCAGCGGCGGGGGGCGUUCAGAGUGGCGGCGCGCCAGACGAGCUGGUUAGCACACUGAGCUAACAUCUCCAGGCUGUGGGAGAAAACUCGGAUAAACUUUGUGAGAGAUUACAACCAGCAGCUGUGUGACUGUUAAACUGCUUCACUUGAACCUCUCGAAAACUUAGAAAUACCCAACCGCCAAAGAGACGCGUUAGCGUUCUCGGCGACGGGUUGGACCUGACUGUUUGUAAGCGAACUGACGCGCGUCAAAGUUCGCUUUCACUUAUUGCGUAUUGCACGCAGUUUCUUCGCUUCGAUACCAAGCAACGCGAACCUGGCGUGCGGUGCCACUUUUGACAGCUUUUCUCUUUCACACUCUCAUAUUGAGAGUAAAAUGUGACUUAUUUUUUAUUAUUAUUGAAUAAUUUAAACUUAAAGAGAGAUUUUUUUAGAUUUGAAGACUCAACAAGACGUCAAUAAGCAGCGGCGCGGUUCUGCCGCGUACGGAGGGUCCAGCGUGUUGUCGUUAGCAGCGGUAGUUAGCUCCUUGCUAACAACAAAACAGCCUCUGAUAGCGAGAGGAUAACAGAUGAAAAACACAUCAAGACACUUUCUGCACUAAACAAGAUCUUAACUUUGAGGUGAACGUGGAAAAAUAAGGAAUUAAUCAGCGUUAGCGCAGGAAUUAGCACCGAGUUAUGCGCGGCUGUGGAAGCGCGAGUUUAUUGUUGUUGUUGUUGUUUUUUUGGGGGAGAUAAUUGAUGGACUUGUUGGUUUUUUCUCAGUGUGAUUUCCGGACUGUGUUAAACCCUCUUUGAAUCCCCGUGCUGUGAAGGGUGUUAGCAUGGAGCUACAGCAGCCUGGCAGCAGCAGCAGCUCGAAGCGGUUACAUAACACCAGCAGGUCGCAGGAGAAGCUGCUUUUGAAUGUCUCCUCCUCAUCCUCUUCAGCCGGACUCUGACAGCUGUAACCUGCUCCGACCAAGCCCUCAGACUCUCACUGACACCAGGACGGACACACACACACACACAGACACGUAGACAGAAUAUCAGCACAGCAGCAUGGAUGAGGUGUGAGCCCGCAGAGAGACAGUGAGAGCACAGACACAAGAACACAACAACAGGAACCUGAAGAUGGACUCAAACCCGCUGAUCAACGGUGAGAGCUGCUGCAGAUUCAUGCUGUGUUUACAUUCUGCAGCUCUGUGUGUGUCUGUGUGUGUGUUGGAGAGAGGCAGCACUGCAACAGGUGUGUGAAAGCUGCUGAGGCCUGCAGCAGCCUGCAGCUCACAGAGAGUGUGUGUGUGUGUUCAGGUGGGAUGAUAAAGCAGGUAUGUUCGUGUGCUGCAUGGAGUCUUUGAUGUGAUUUACUCCCUCUCUUUCAGCAUGUAGAAACUUGCGUCCUCUCAGAGGGUAACUUUGAGUGAGUGUCUGCAGGUUGUAAAUAUCUCAGAGCUGAAGAUGUAGUAUCUCGUGCUCCUCAGGAAAAGUUCUGACUGUGAUGUUUAUCUGUUUGCUGUGAUUUUCUCCGUCUGCAGUUCAUGUGUUUUUUUGUUUUGUUUUUUCUUUUGGAUGAGGAACCUUUUUUGGGUCUGGUUCAGUGUUGGGUUUUAUUUUAGAGGACGGAGAUUGUCUCAGAGGGCUUAGCUAAACCUUCCAGACGUGAAUUAGCUCCAAACUCAAUCAGUACAUUUACCUGACAAUCGAGAAAACCGAAUUAUCACCUUAUUUAGACUAAGACCAGACAACUGAAGUGCAUGUAAACACCUUAGUCCAAAUAUAAUCGGAGAACUCUAAUUAAGACACCCAGAUAAUGUGAUUGAAAUCCAAUUUUCUCUAACAUGUAACCAGUGUUGUCUGAGUAUGAUCAGAUAAUGCACGUGCGUGUGCACCAUGCCCCCGUAACCGCGGGACAAAAACACCAGAGAGGAAGAGUAACAUGCGUCUUAUCUGCAGACAAAGUAGUGUGUCCAUUAUGUAGGACAAAAUCAACGCUGUACGAUGCUCCAUCUUCUUGCUCCGAAAUGCCCAGCAGCAGUUGUAGACACUUCUGAUGUCUGGCACAGACCUGCUGUUGUUGUUGACGGUUGUAUGGGGUCGGAAACAGCGCAGCUGAUAAGACCCAUAUUGCCCCCUAGUUUUGGGGAGGAGGACAAUUUUCUCAGCUGCAUGUAUACAAGGACAAGGAGAGAAGUCCGAUUCAGAGUAAAAAACAAAUUAUGAGCUUAGUCCGAUUAAGCUGGCUGAAGUAAAAGGUCAGUGCUAUAUCUCUAACUGAAACAAACAGCACACAGUGAGUGUUGAGGCAGAUGUGCUGCAGGAGAGGUGAACUCUUGGAUACCAAUGACAGACAGGACACCUUAGAGGACCCUCCACAUCCCUCAGCAGCUUUAGGCUGGAUGGGAUAUAUCAUCUCUCCAGAGAGUUCUAGUCCAGGAGACCUUUAACUGAUCCACCUCCGCUGACCCCUGUGAUGUGAAGGAGCAGCAACACUAUCUCUACCGCUUCACCAGGACCUUUACUGCGGACCUGGAGGGGAACACUCCGAAUCGAAGUUUCAUGCAGUCAGGUUCAGGUGUGUUGUUGUCGGAGAACCAUGAUGGUCAGGUGAGAAGGUGGUCAGUAUCACAGAGAUACUUACUGAUUCAUUAAAACGCUCGGCCUCAUUCACACUGACUGUGAGUGUGUAGACGGGUUGAAUGCAGUGAUUUGGUACUUGCACGUUGUCAUAGCAACACUGACGCACUCAUGAUGCGAGUGUCAAACAGUGUUUGUGAGAUGUGACAUGUUUCUGAUCUGAGUCACAGACUGAAGAAACACAGGAAGGACCCAAGAGUCCCAGGACUCUGUGUGUGUGUGUGUGUGUGUGUGUGUGUGUGUGUGUGUGUGUGUGUGUGUGUGUGUGUGUGUGUGUGUAUUCUGAAGGCUGUUGAGAUCCAAAUUAGGGCUGGGCGAUAUGGGAAAAAGUUUAUCAUGAUAUAUUUUUUUCAUAUCAGUCGAUAUCAAUAUAUGUCAUGACAUAAAAAAUGAAAUUUAACAGUGUUUGUUGGUAGCUUGUCUUUUGCAAUACAAUAAGCCAAUGCAUCUGUGAGGUCUUUGUGUCUCUUCGGCGUUUUGUCAUAAGGCAUUGCCCUGGAGAAAGCAGAAUAAAUGGUCGGCUGUUUCGGCUGCACAAGUGCCAUGGGCUCCUUCCUCCUCUCAGGGUUUGUAACCUUUUGCGUUGCACGUUCUCUGCAGUGUGACGCUGCUUCAGGUGGUGAAAAAGAUUUGAGGUAUUCCCCGACUUUGUAACAACAUCUACUCAACGUAAUUUGUGGUGCACAUUACUCUUGCUUCAUGUCCGACCUCAAAAAACCAAAAUACCUCCACAUCACUGACGUUUUCGUGCCAGUGUUGUUGACAGUGUCAUCAUCUGUUGAGCCUUCGACAUUUCUGUCGGGGUUAGCACUCAUUUUCUUUUUUUCUCACCAACAGUGCUGUCGGGUUCACCGGUUGUGUGUAGCUGCUGUCUGCUACGACGCAGUUGUUUGAUACUUAGUUCUAAUUUAGCACAUGAUCGGUUCAGUGUGAAGCGGAGCCGGAGCAACUCCCCUUUUCAUUCGCUAUUCAUAUAGUCUACCAAAACAUGGCAGAAUGACGACUAUCGAAAAGGAUAUUGACCAUGUUUUAUAUUGAUAUUGAGGGAAAUUAAUUUUUGAUAUUAUUGUUUUAUCGCCCACCCUUCCUCCAAAUUGACUAACUGGAAGCACAGAAACCACAAGGUAACAGGAAGUGGUCUGCCUGGAGUUCAUCUGCUGAAACACUCAGGCUGGAGGAGGACAGUUCAAAGUUUAGAAAUUGGUUCAGGUUUUGUGGUGACCUGGUAUUCGUCACCUGAUGGGAAGACAGGUGUUCAGACCUGUGGCUCCGCCUCUUCCUGCUGCAGUUUUGUGUUCCUGCUCUUUGAACUGAACACACCCUGAUUCAGACUGUCGGCUCUGAGCUCCCUGUAGUCCUGAAACAGGUCAGAGUGAAAACCCACCAGAGGAAAACUUAGUGGAGGGCAUGGAUAAGAAACUGGGUCUCAUCUGGAUAUGUCUCCUUGUCUCAGGUUAGAGCGGGAAUCCCAAAGCUUUGAUUUGAAUGAAUCAGAGUCUGCUGUGUUUCCUCAGUGUUUGGUUCCAGUCUGUAGCUAUGGGUCUGACCCCAGCCUAAAGUGAGUCAGCCUGGGAUGAAGAGCAGAGAGGAGCUCAAACAUGUAAACAUCUACAGAGUCGGCCUUUUGUGGGACGGACUGAGAUGAGCGUGUUGUCAGUCCUCGUGUGUGUCAGACCUGCAGAGAUCAGGUUCAGGUCUCCUCUGAUCUGCCCUGAGGCCUCUCCACCAUCACUGCUGAGCCCACAAAGACCAGCUGUCAGUCCUGCAGACUCGAUCCCCGUCAUUAUCAUUCUGUCUGUCCUUGUGUUAGCAUAAACAGAAGAAUCACCAACAAAGAUAAGUUGAAGUAUAGCGGAAUUUAAGGUGUGGUAGGCAGGAUUCUGUUAAAGAAGCAUCUUUUUUUGUGGUGUAUUUACAAAAAAUCUUUUAGUAUCAGUCAAUAGUUAUUAGUUAUUGAUGAAAUGUAGGAAUAUAACGAUAUCGCUGUGUUCUCUUAUGUCCAUGUAGUCAACAUUUUAACAUUUUUUGAGCAGACACUGCUCCCUCUUGUUCCGAGGCACGCUGCCCAUCCUCCAAUAACGUUCAUGAGCCCAAACAAAGUUAGAGUGCUACAAUAUUGGACAGUAGAAACCAACCAGAAAGUUUGGAAAGUUGUCUGAAUCCUCCUUUGGCCACAACUGCCAACACAAGCAUGAAAACGAAGUAAAUACCAGAGAUUUUGGCGAAAUAACGGCGCUUAAAAAGGAGGUAGACCGGACAAGAGCUAAAAAGCUGGGUCAACAUAAACGAUGGGGGACACCUCUGGAUCUUCGUGACUCGGUAACCCUUUCUGCUGGACAGGUAAACCACUUUAACAUAGUAAGCCAAGUGUCUGUAACAGAAGUGUUUCUCGUCAAACGGGACCUGCUGUAGUGUGUCGUAGCGCCGCUAAACUGUUGACCUCGGGUCCUGGACUAUGUCACUUUAUCCUAGUUGUAGAAGUCCUGCAAACAUUGUGUUUGCUGGUAGUCUGUUGGCAUCUACAGUAGCACCAAUGCUUUUUACCUUCACCUUGACUGGGCCCCAUUUGUAUUUAUCUGCAUUAUAUCUGAAUUUAAUUGGAACGAUACAAGCGAGCAGGAGCGUCCUUGGGUGGGGAUUGCUGGAGCAGAGAGGGAGGGGAGAGGAGGAGUUGAGGGGAAAACUGGUUGGCAAGAUUUCUCCCAUAAACUGGAACUUCCUCAGAUCCUGACCAUCCCACCUUUAAGAGACUCAAACAUCGAGACAACGACGACGAUGUGAAGGACGAUAAACCGUUCCAACAUCCUGACCAAGUUUAGAGCAGAAAAACGACGGCUCCAUUCAGGCCUUGAAAUCGGUCCAACACUGUCAUUUACUGCUCAGUGUGCCCACACACACACACACACACACACACACACUGACAGGCUCUCUGCCACAGCAUUCAAUAAGAACAGAGGAGGAGGAGUCCGAUGUGUCCAGGAACAAAAGGGAAGUGAUGGCACCAAAUCAUAAAACAAACAAAACCCAACACGCUUCCCGAGCCCACAGACACCCCCCCCCCCCCCUCACUGACUCACUGCAGCUGCAGCUCCACUUGUACCCGACUAAUGAAAACACACACUCCACCAUCAGAGUCCCAGAACUGGUCUAAGCUGUCCUAAAGAUUCUGGGUCUGCAGAAAAACCCAGUAUCUCCAUCAGAUGGUUUUCUCAGACUCCAACAGAAUCCUGAAGGGUCAAAGUUCGGCCGCUCCAAGUUCUUGGGCACCACGUCACGAACAUUUCCAGGAAUUGUACCUGUUCUUGGCAAAAACCCAAACCUGUGAUCUGGGACUGAGCCGGGUUUGUAUAUGAGGACUGAAACCGUUCUCACAUUUCUUAAGGAUAUUCUUUAUCAUCUUACCCCAAAUUUCCACCACACCUGAAAUGGCGGUGAUUUUCACCAUACGCCAAUUCCUACAAGAUCUGUUUGUGAGGCGAAUUUUGUGGUGGAUUUUGGACAGCGGGCAUCGCGAGAACUCACAAGAAUCCGCGGAUUCACAUACAAUUGCGCAAAAACGAGUUGUCUCUGGCUGUGUCUUAUUUCAGAGACCGCAUCGGGAUAAGCGCGCUUAGCUGAGCGCACUGCCAUUAUGUGCCGUUAAGUACCCUUCCUGUGUCCCAUUUCAGAGACCGCAACCGUCGAACGGCGCAUUUGAAGCAUCCGUGAGGUCAUCACGCGGCACAAAUGGUGUCCCAUUUGGCACAAAAUGCUUAGCGCGUUUCAAAUUCGGUCUCAAACCACACUCCCCCAAACCCCUUUUUCAAGCGUGCAUUUACGCACGCUUUCGUGCCGUUGGUAUCCCAGAAUUCUUUCAGAGAGAUUUUGUGGCUUCUGAAGAAACAAUCAAACUGAUGAUCAAUAUUUGUGAUCCAGAGGGAGUCGAGCUCAGACAAGCACCACGUCUCUGACACCGGCGGUAACCUACACCUGCAGAGACACCAACACCUUAUUAUGGCAUAUGGAUUCAUAUCAUAUAUUAAAGCUCAAUGUCAUUCACGGAUAUUUACGGCUGCAUAAAUGGAUAUAUCCUCAGCAUAUUCAUUUCUGCCUCCACAAAAGCAGCGAUUUCCUCCAAGUCCACCUGUUUUUUUCCCUGUAGAAAAGACGUAUUUCUCAUAUAUUCUUUUGUCAGUCGUGACGUGAGCCUGAGGGCGGGGACAUUUGGCGACCUUCAGAGGACUUCCUGGUUGAGUCGCCAAAUGUCCCCGCCCUCAGGCUCACGUCACGACUGACUUAAAGAAAACCCGCGGAGCGCAGCAUUUAUUGUUUUAAUUGUGCGACCUUGUACAGACACAAAAUAGUAGAUACAUACAAGCACAAUUCAUCCAAUGAUUGUUUUGUAUGAAGGAGUAUGAGGACCGUAUUGAGAAUUUUUUUUAAAGACUUUGACAUUUAAGUCGUGAAUUUACGCGAAUAAAGUCAUUAAUUUAUGAGAAUAAAGUCAUAAGGUUCCCUGUUAUUUCAGAGGAGACUUGUUAAAAUUAGGGCCAUGAAGCAUUUAAAGGAACUGUGCUUUAGUAUAGGUUUCACAAACAAGGAGAUACUGCAUCCUCUGGCACAUCAUCAUCACAUUGUCAUAAGUAUAAAGACUUAAAACAGGUGUACUUGAAGAAAAUCGCUGCUUUUGUGGAGGCAGAAAUGAAUAUGCUGAGGAUAUAUCCGUUUAUGCAGCCGUAAAUAUCCGUGAAUGACAUUGGGCUUUAAUUUAUGAUAUGAAUCCAUAUGCCAUAAUAAGGUGUUGGUGUCUCUGCAGGUGUAGGCUACCGCCGGUGUCAGAGACAUGCUGCUCGUCGGAGCUCGACUCCCUCUGGAUCACAAAUGUUGAUCAUCAGUUUGAUUAUUUCUUCAGAAACCACAAAAUCUCUCUGAAUGACCCGCUGAUGCAUCCACCGAUAACCCUGCAGAUGACCAGCUUCAGUCAUUUCCCCCUCCACAAAAGCAGCUUUAUGACUUUAUUUACUUUAUGACUUUAUUCUCUUAAAUUUACAACUUUAAUCUGUAAAUCUUGAAAAAAAGAAAAAACUCAAUGUUGUCCUGAUCCUCUGCUGUAGUUUUUUCAGCUUUCUUAUUUCUAAUGUUUUUUAUAGUUGAAGCAGAGCGGAUCAGUUCGUCUCUAAAUCUAUAAUGUUUGGUUUGCAGAUUUUAGUGAGUUCAGAGAUCAUGUGCUCGUACAGCCUGAGCUGACUGUCUGCUGUUUUGGGAUUUCUUGUAUUUUCUUUGAAGACACGCUGCGUCUCCAAGCGAGUCCAGCCUCUCACCUGAAAUGUGCAGCUGUGCAGCAGCACGCAAAGAAUUCUGGGAUACCGACGGCUUGCAAAAUGCUAAGCGCGCUUAGCAUUUCUUAGCAUUUCGUGCCAAAUGGGACACCGAUGCGGUCUCUAAAAUGGGACACAGCCUCUAUAAAGACAGCCACAUAGACAUAAACAUUAGAUUGUGUCCUUCCAGAGGAGGAAAUCUACUUCUAGACUUCUAGAAUCAACAUCUCCUCAUUCAUGGUGUCAUCGAGGUGAAAUGACGUCUAAAAACCUUUCACUUUAAACACAGAGUGUUUUAUUUUGAAAAGAAGUCUGAUGUUUUAUUUUGUGUCUAUGCCCGACUCCUUUCCAGCACGGGUUAAUCUGUGUCCGGAAAAAAUAGAAUUUUUGAGAUCAGCUGUGGAGCCCGGCGGUCUUCAGAGCAACGGAAAGAAGUCGGUGGAAAUUGACACGUUAACUUGAAUGAUUACGAUCAGCUGCGAUCGAAGGAUACGGCCUUUUCCUAGCAGUUCAGGAUUCGGUGGAAAUUGGGGGGUAAAGUCUUUGAACCCCGAUUAGAAACAUCAGCGCACUCCGGGAUCCUCCUCAGUCCCUCUGCUGGAGUGCUCUUUUGCAGGGCAGCAGCUCAGACUGCUGCCACCCUCUCUCUCUCUCUCUCUCUCUCUCUCUCUCUCUCUCUCUCUCUCUCUCUCUCUCUCUCUCUCUCUCUCUCUCUCUCUCUCUCUCUCUCUCUCUCUCUCUCUUACACCUCGCUCUCCCUUGGUUACCAUUGAUGAAAGGUCUCUCACCAUGGCGAUGGUUUCCAAGGUUUUUGAUAGGUUAGUUGUGUAACAGGUCAGCCAAUGGUAAUGAGGUUCAUCUCCAUCCAGCCAGUGAUCACUUUACUCUGACCUUCUCAGAGCGAGCAAGUGUGUGAGAGAGAGAGAGCGGGAGAAAGAGAGAGAGUCACCUCCAUAACUGUGGGUGAACUCUCAGUUUAAUGGUUGGGAGGACGACACACAACAAAAUAAUCAUUUUUACAGGGUUGCUCUUAUUUUGGAGACGAGAGUGACGACACAGACGACAGAAAAUGAGGAACAGCGUCGGCAGAAGUUUUUAACAUCAGAUUAAAAUGUGAAACUUUUUAUUUGAGAUAAAGAAUAAAAAACUUCAAAUGUCUGUUUGACCAGAAGUCAAAUUUCAGAAUUUAGAUACCUGUAACUUAAAGAGGAGAGAGUCGGAGGAGGAGAGAGGAGAGCAGGGAAAGGAGAAGAGAGGGGAGGAGAGCAGGGAGAGGAGGAGAAAGGAGGAGGAGAGAAGGGAGGAGAGCAGGGAGAGGGGGAGAAAGGAGGAGAGGAGCGAGGGGAGGAAAGGAAAGAAGAGGGUAGGAGAGAAGGAGAGGAGUGAGCUGGGGCUGGUGAGGUGAGGAGAGGAGCAAGGGGAGGAAAGGAGAGUGGAGAGGAGAAAUGAUGAGGAGAAGGAGGAGGAGAGCAUUAGUUACCGGUUGUAGAUGCGCCUGUAUUUAAUGAUUUCCUAUGACGCUCCCCUCUUCUAUCUGAGUGACUGAUUUUGUCCCCCCUACACCCCUCCCCACAGCUAUGGACCCGUCCAUCACGCUGUGGCAGUUCCUGCUCCACCUGCUGGAGGACCAGCGUCAGCGUCACCUGAUCGCCUGGACAGGUGAGGAUGGGGAGUUCAAGCUGCUAGACGCCGAGGAGGUGGCUCGACUGUGGGGACUACGCAAGAACAAACACAACAUGAACUAUGACAAACUGAGCCGAGCGCUCCGAUACUACUAUGACAAGGUACUACACACAGUACUACAUAAACCUGGUUAGAUAGAGGUUAUAAGAAGAAUGCUUCAUAGUACUGAUGAGACAAAGACAGAUCAACUGAGAAACUGAAAAUAUCUGCUCAAUUUACGUUAUGAUAUCAACAUGGUUCUACAAAGUUCUUAGAGGAACAACCAAACAGGUCAAAGGUUCUGAUAAAGGAACAACCAAACGAGUCAAAUGUUCUGACAGAGGAACAACAAAACAGGUCAAAAGUUCUGAUAGAGGAACAACCAAAUGAGUCAAAAGUUCUAAGAGGAACAACCAAACAGGUCAAAUGUUCUUCUCAAGGAACAACCAAACGAGUCUAAUGUUCUGACAGAGAAACAACCAAACAGGUCAAAAGUUCUGAUAGAGGAACAACAAAACAGGUCAAACGUUCUUAGAGGAACAACCAUACAGGUCAAAAGUUCUUCUAAGGGAACAACCAAACGAGGCAAAUUUUCUGACAGAAGAACAACCAAACGAGUCAAAUGUUCUGACAGAGGAACAACCAAACAGGUUAAACAUUUUCUAGAGGAACAACAAAACAGGUCAAAAGUUCUGAUAGAGGAAUUACUAAAUGAGUCAAAGUUCUGAUAGAGGAACAACCAAACAGGUCAAAAGUUCUUCUCAAGCAUCAACCAAACUAAUCAAAUGUUCUGACAGAAAAACAAUCAAACAGGUCAAAUGUUCUUCACAAGUAACAACCAAACAGUCAAAUGUUCUGACAGAGGAACAACCAAACAGGUCCAGAGUUCUUAGAAGAACAACAAAACAGGUCAAAAGUUCUUCUACGGGAACAACCAAACAGGUCAAAAUUUCUUAGAGGAACAACCAAACAGGUCAAGAGUUCUUCUAGAGGAACGACCAAACAGGUCAAGAGUUCUUCUAGAGGAACGACCAAACAGGUCAAAAGUUCUUCUUUAGGAACAACCAAACGAGUCAAAUGUUCUGACAGAUAAACAACCAAACAGGUCAAAAGUUCUUCUAGAGGAACAACCAAACAGGUUAGAUAUAUUUUUCUCAAGUAACAACCAAACGAGUCAAAAGUAAUGAUAGAGGAACAACCAAACAGGUCAAAAGUUCUUCUUUAGGAACAACCAAACAGGUCAAAAGUUCUUCUUUAGGAACAACCAAACGAGUCAAAUGUUCUGACAGAUAAACAACCCAGCAGGUCAAAUGUUCUUCUAGAGGAACAACCAAACAGGUUAAAUAUAUUUUUCUCAAGUAACAACCAAACGAGUCAAAAGUAAUGAUAGAGGAACAACCAAACAGGUCAAAAGUUCUUCUGUAGGAACAACCAAAUGAGUCAAAAGUUCUUAGAGGAAAAACCAAACAGGUCAAAAGUUCUGAUAGAGGAACAACCAAAUGAGUCAAACGUUCUUAGUGAAACAACCAAACAGGUCAAAAAUUCUUCUAAGGGAACAACCAAACAGUUCAUAAGUUCUGACAGAGGAACAACCAAACGAGUCAAAUGUUCUGACAGAUAAACAACCAAACAGGUCAAAAGGUUUUGAUAGAGGAACAAAAAAAGAGGUCAAAGGUUCUUCUAGAGGAACAACCAAACAGGUCAAAGAUUCUGAUAGAGAAACAACCGAACAGGUCAAAUGUUCUGGUAGAGGAGCAGCCAAACAGGUCAAAACUUAUUAGGAACAACCAAACAGGUCAGAUGUUCUUCUCAAGUAACAACCAAACAGGUCAAAAGUUCUGAUAGAGGAACAAUCAAAUGAGUCAAACGUUCUUAGUGGAACAACCAAACAGGUCAAAAAUUCUUCUAAGGGAACAACCAAACAGUUCAUAAGUUCUGACAGAGGAACAACCAAACAGUUCAUAAGUUCUGACAGAGGAACAACCAAACGAGUCAAAUGUUCUGACAGAGGAACAACCAAAUGGGUCAAAGGUUUUGAUAGAGGAACAAAAAAAGAGGUCAAAGGUUCUUCUAGAGGAACAACCAAACAGGUCAAAGAUUCUGAUAGAGAAACAACCGAACAGGUCAAAUGUUCUGGUAGAGGAGCAGCCAAACAGGUCAAAACUUAUUAGGAACAACCAAACAGGUCAGAUGUUCUUCUCAAGUAACAACCAAACAGGUCAAAGUUUCUGACAGAGGAACAACCAAACAGGUCAAAAGUUCUUAGAAGAACAACAAAACAGGUCAAAUGUUCUGAUAGAGGAACAACCAAAUGGGUCAAACAUUCUUAGAGGAAAGACAAAACAGGUCAAUAGUUCUUCUUUAGGAACAAUCAAACAGGUCAAAAGUUGUGAUAGAGGAUCAACCAAACAGGUCAAAGGUUCUGAUAGAGGAACAAUCAAAUGACUCAAAAGUUCUUAGAGGAACAACCAAAAGGUCAACAGUUCUUCUAGAUUAACAACCAAACAGGUCAAAAGUUAUUCAAGAGCAGGGGUCGGCAACCCGCGGCUCUUGUUUAAAUAACAAAUACUUAAUUGCAUUUUAUUAUUUUAUUUUUUUUUGUAAUUCUAAAUUCAAAGAUUAUAAUGCUCUUGUAACAUUAAAUAAACUAUUAAGGCUGCAACAACGAAUCAAUUAAGUAGAUUCGUCGUGACGAAAAAAUCCGUUGCCAACAAAUUCUGUAAUCGAUUCGUCGGGUCUUUAUAUAUGUCCAUGGACACCGGCGUGUAAACAUCAGCAGGACGCACAGAAAAGAAACAGCCAUGGCCAAGGCAGCGGCUGAGAAAAACAUGGACACAACCCAACCCAAAUCCCGACCUAAAACAUCAGUGGUGUGGGAAAACUUCACCAAGACUGAAAAGGAAGGCGUUCAGUGCAACAUUUGCAAAGACCGUUUUGCAUGGCUCGGGAGUACAUCGAUGAUGCGUGAGCACAGGGCUCUCAAGUCUCACGCAUUCAGCGUAUGACACACGCAUUCCCACUCGUUAUCAUUAUUUCUAAUAUGAUUUAUUCUCAAAUAUUAUUUCAUUAGAUUCCUGUCAAACUAAACGCAAAUGUAAUGAUGAUUUCAAGCCCUGAAGUGGAUGCAUUUUUGAUGUAAGCUUAGUUAACCAAUUUACAAAUUCAUUUCACUUUAUAAGUCAUCCUUUAUUGAAAUAUUUUAUGUUGAUACAUCUUGUUUCUAUUUCUUUGAUUGUCUGAGCAGAAAAAAUCAUCCACUGAAGACAAGCAAAAUAAACCGUCUAACUGAAUCCUGGAUCCUGUGUUUGAAUGUUCACUUAGUAUAGGAUGCUCAAUGAGCCAGCAUCAGCGUCAACAUAAUCUUUUACAAGGUCCAAAGUUUUUCAAAGGGAACAACCAAACGGGUCCAAAGUUCUUUUAGAGGAACAACCAAACAGGUCAAAAGUUCUUCUAAGGGAACAACGAAACAGAUCAGAAGUUCUUAGAGAGGUUUGAGAGAUUUGUUUUUUCUUUUUCACGCUGCUGUUGAGUUUUAACGUGAUCUUGUGAAGAAUUUUUGUAAAUUGUUUCUCCCGACCUUCAGUGUAAAUUUAGUUCUUCUCUCAGAACAUCAUCAAAAAGGUGAGCGGUCAGAAGUUUGUCUACAAGUUUGUGAGUCAGCCGGACCCGACCCUGCCUGAGGGGGUCCGCAAUGGAGACGAGAACCAGAGGAGGGACAACACUGACCCAAACAGCCAAUCAAAAGCACUUGGGGGCACUGCAUCCAACUGUCAAUCAAAGGGCUUACCUCAGGUACGAGGUGACCUCCUGGUGUGUCCUUCAUAGAUGUUUGCUCGCUCUCUGAUGCUAACACACUCUCUGACGCUAACAUGCUCUGACUGAUAUCAAUGUUCUGGAUUUAUCCACAGCGCUCCUCGCCAAGUGGCUCACAGAAAAGCUCCCGGAACGACUACAUGAAGUCCGGCCUCUACUCCACCUUCACCAUCCAAUCACUGCAGGCCUCACCCAACCCACGGCCAAUCAAGUCAGAGCUGCUGAUACAACCAGAGCCCGCCCCCAAGGUGGACCGCACGCCAAGAGAGGUGAGUGUACAGGGAGGAGACACACCAGCAGGUGGAGCUCUACACCAAUAACCCAUGACAUCAACGCCUCCUUCCCAUACCUCCUUUUUAGUCCUUCCCCAACUCCUUUGUGUUUCCUUCCCUUACCCCCAUUUUGAUUCCCUCCCUAACCUCCUUCAUGAUUCCUUACCUAACCUUCUUUUUUUGUUUCCUUCCCUCACCUCAUUUUUGUUUCCUUCCUUUGCCUCCUUUUUCUUCCUUCCUUUACCUCCUUUUUGUUUCCUUCCCUCACCUCCUUUAUUUACCUCCUUUUUGCCUCCUUUACCUCCUUCUUUGUUUCCUUUAUUUACCUCCUAUUUGCUUCCUUCUUUUACCUCCUUUUUGCUUCCUUCUCUCCACUUUUCUUUUUUCCCUCUCCUCCUUUUUGCUUCCUUCCCUCACCUCCUUUUUGCUUCCCUUUCCACCUCCUUGUUACUUUCUUCCCUACCUCCUUUGUCCUUCCUUCCUUACCUCCUUUUUUCCCUCCUUCCUCACCUUCUUUUUGUUUCCUUCCUCACCUCCUUUCUGUUUCCUCCAUUACCUCCCUUUUGUUUCUAUCCUUUCCUCCUUUUUCUUCCUUCCUUUACCUCCUUUUGGCUACCUUCCUUUACCUCCUUUUUGUUUCUAUCCUCACCUCCUUUUUUGUUACCUUCCUUACCUCCUUUUUUGCUUCUUUCCUUACCUAAUUUUGUUUCCUCCCUCAACCCCUUUUUUUCCUCCCUCACCUUCUUUCUUGCUUUCUUCCUCACCUCCUUUUGUUUCUGUCCUUACCUCCUUUUUUGCUUCCUUUCUUACCUUCUUUUUGUUUUCCUCCCUCACCUCCUUUUUUCCUUCCUUCCUCACCUCCUUUUUGUUUCCUUCCUCACCUCCUUUUUGUUUCUUUCCUCACCUCCUUUUUUGCUUCUUUCCUUAACUCAUUUUGUUUUCUCCCUCACCUCUUUUUUUGUUUACUACCUCACCCCUUUUUUGUUUUCCUCCCUCACCUUCUUUCUUGCUUUCUUCCUCACCUCCUUUUGUUUCCUUCCUUACCUCCUUUUUUGCUUCCUUCCUCUUUUCCUUUUUGUUUCUUUACUCACCUCUAUUUUUGCAUCCUUCUCUAACUCCUCUUGUUUCCUUCCUCACCUGCUUUUUUGUUUUCUUUCUCACCUCCUUUUUUCCUUCCUUCCUCACCUCCUUUUUUGUUUCCUUCCUCACCUCCUCCUGCUCCUCCUCAGGUGGUGGUGUUAUCAGAGGCCAAGUGUCCUCCGUCAGUUUUAGGCGCUGUUGACUCUGCCCUCCAGGUGAUCGUCACUCAGCCGUCCCCGUGCCCGACCCCGGCGGUCAGCCCGCAGAUACCCGCCAACAUAAGCAGCCAAUCACAGGUCAGAGCUAAAACGUCAGGGAACCUCAGUCUAAAACCAGAACCUAGAUCAGAACAGAACCACUUUCGGAGCCGGACUCUGGUCUGAACCUUUCUCUCUCGCUGUGUUUUUUUCCCCAGAAUCCUCCUGUUCCUCCUCUGAGUGACCCUCCUCAGAUCUACCUGACCAGUGUUGGGGACCCAUCCUCCCUGGCCCCUCUCAUCCCCCUCGGUCCUGUUGGAGGCUCCAUGAGUCCUCUCCCCCCUCCUCAUGUCUCUUUGGGCCCCCAGGGGCCACAGCAGGAUGACGGCGGGGCAGGAACCAACCCGGCCAGCUUCCCUCCUCACCCUCACCCGAGUCACCCUGCUCCUCACCCGAGUCACCCCCCAUCGGUCCUCUUCAUCAUCAACCCCCCUCCCCCCCUUCCUCCUCCUCAGCAGCAGCAGCAGCAGCAGCAGCAGCAGGCGGCCAUGACGGCUGUUCCUCCAUCUGCAGCUGCUCCUUCCCCCAUCGUCAUCAAGGAAGAGAACCUGCCGUUGGAGGAGGAGCUGCUGGAGAUGGUCUCUCUGGAGGAGAAGCAGGUGGAGGAGGUGAGAGGAGGAGGAGGUCUAACAGCACGUUCACUCCUGAUCCUGCAGAGACGUGACUCUUCUGCUCCUCUCUACAGAUGCCUCAGCUAAUCUGCGACCCAGGAGAACCAGAGACCCCCCUCACCAUCGUGGAGAGUCAGGCCCCUUCCUGCAUGGAGCCCGGGGUCAGAGGUCAGCAGCCAGCAGAGGACGGAGGAGCAGAGGAGCCAAGGAAGGACACACAAGCAGGUAUCACUAACAGCGAUGUUUGUGAUUUAUAAAAACAAACUUGACGGGAGAAUGCGCGCACCUCCACGGCAGCCCUGACCCUGCCGUACACACAAAAUCUGGAGAAACAAGAAACUGUGACCCCAACAGUAGAAAGAGGAAAUUAAAAGACAGCGAAAUUAAUACAUUUGUGUGAAAUAAUCGAAUAUUACACAUUUACACAUAUCACACAUUAAGAAUAAAUUUACAAAAAUGAAGAAGGAGGAAAAAUGUAUAUUGAUGCCCCAGGGAGUGCAUGAGCAAACACACACACACACACUGCAAAUGAUUUGGUUCUUACCAGGACAAAACAAACUUAGAUUUCGAAGUGUUGGAUAAUUUCUCUUGUUUUCAGACUUAAUUUCUUAUUUGAAGUCUAAUUUUACACUUUAAUCUUAUAUCAAAUGUGACCUUAACUUUUUUUGUCUCAAAUAGGCAGGAAAUCUUCAAACGAAAAAAAUGUUCAAAACAGAGUUUAGUCAUUCUUUGCUAAUACUGGGUAUUUUUUCUCCACAUUUCUAUUAUUGGUCCAACUAAUCUUCAGCUUAAUUUGAUAAAAGUAAGAAAACAAAAUAUGUCAUUGCUUACAUUUAGUAUAGUUCACUUAUUUUGAGGCUGUAAAAAGGUUACUUUUCAAGUUAUCUCAUCUUAAUAUCAGCAUUUUAUACGUAUACUUACUAUACAUUUUUGUCCUUUUUGAGAUUUUUUGUCCUGAACAAUCUGAAUUCAAGAAAUCUUGUCAAGUGAAAUGAUCUUGCUGCAUGGACAUUUCACUUGUUUUUAGUAUCUUUUCCCUCAUAUUUAGUGUUUUUAUCUUGUUUUUAGACCCCCUUUUUUCACACAGGGUGUUCACCUGCCCUUUUAUGGGCACAAUAUGGGCAGAGUAAAGCGUUCUCUCACCUGCCACAACUUUAGAGUUGAUUGUGAUUUAUAAACGGAAACAGCUGUAGGAUGUGCGUGUGCACUCUGUUAUGAAUGUGAAAUGUUUGUGUGCACACAGUUCCUGUGUUUCUGGCGUACGCCACCUGUAGUGAUUGUUCCUAUGCACUGUUUUAUAAAUGAGGACCCUGGACCCCCUCUGUCCUAUGUUUGAGUGUUCUUGUCGCCCUGAGGUUCUUACAGGACUGGGCCGGUCUGCCAUGUGCCUCUAUCUCACGUUCUCUCUCUCUCUCUCUCUCUCUCUCUCUCUCUCUCUCUAAGAUUCCUCCGUCCCUCCUGUGACCUCAUCCUCUUCCACCACAGCCGUGACUCCUGCCGUCUCCUCCUCCCCCUCCUCAUCCUCCUCCUCUUCGGAAGCCGCUCCUCCAAAACCAAAGAAGCCACGAGGCCUGGAGCUGCCCUCCUCCCCUUCCCUCCCCCCUGGUCUCUCCUUGGAUAAGGUCUGUGGUUUCACCUUGACCUCCUCAUAGAAGGUCAUGACUGCACCUUUUAGGACUUGGUUGCAGCUCUACGCCGGGCUUUGAGUCCAAAAUUCAGACCCCAUAGAACAACGAUCACACACGGGUUAAAAAGUGAUGUUUAGCUGCAGUGAGCGCCAAAAUACGAGAUGAGAAAUAAUGAGGAGCAGCUGAUGUUGUAGAUCUAAGACAGAAAAUAGAAAAUUCAGUUUUUAAUUAAAGUCCUCAAACUCAACCUGAAGAGUUUGAUUGAUUAUCUCCCUUAUUGAUUUUUCUUUGAUUCUGUUCAGUUUAUUUCUAAUAUAAUACUCUGGAUUUGAACCCACAGCCCUGACUCUAAUCUGAGAUUCUCAUCUGCUGUUUCCCAUUUGCAGGUGAACGCAGCCGUCAACAGUUUAUUGGCUCCUGGAUCAGCCACCAACACGCUCACACCCACCGUCAUCACCUCCCACGCUCUGGUAACCCCUAACAUGUCUCACCUGUUUCAGUGUCUUACCUGUCCCACCUGUCUCAUUGUCUCACCUGUCUAACCUGUCUCACCUGUUUCACUGUCUCACUUGUCUCAGAGCCCCACCUGUCUUAUCUGUCUGACCCAUCUCAGUAUCUCACCUGUCUCAGUCUCACCUGUUUUACUUUCUCACCUGUCUGACCUGUUAACUGUCUAACCUGUCUCAGUGUCUCACCUGUCUCAGUGUCUUACCUGCCUCACCUGUCUCACUUGUCUCACUGUCUCCGCUGUCUCACCUGUCUCACUGUCCCAUCUGUCUCAGAGUCUCACCCGUCUCACCUAUCUCAGUGUCUCACAUGUCUCAGUGUCUCGCCUAUCUCACCUGUUUACUGUCUCACCUGUCUCACAGUCUGAUCAGUCUUGGUGUCCAACCUGUCUCACUGUUUCAUCCUUCUCAGUGUCCAACCUGUCUCACCCGUCUCAACUGUCCCACCUAUCUCAGUGUCUCACAUGUCUCAGUGUCUCGCCUAUCUCACCUGUUUACUGUCUCACCUGUCUCAUUUGUCUCAGUGUCUCGCCUGUCUCACUUUCUCAUCUGUCUCCAUGUCUAACCUGUCUCACCCGUCUCACCUGUCCCACCUGUCUCACCUGUCUCACCUGUCUCACCUAUCUCACCUGUCUAACAUGUCUUUCCUGUCUCACCUGUCCCACUUGUCUCUGAUGCACACAGAUGCUCUCUCUCUCUCUCUGUCUCUCUCUCUUCCUCUCCCUCUCCCUCUUUCUCUCUUUUUCGUUGUCCUCAUUAGACGGUUUGUCUCAACUAUAUCACCUGUCUCACUGUCUAACCUGUCUCACCUUCCUCUGAUACACACAGAUGCUCUCUCUCUCUGUGUCUCUCUCUCUCUCUCUGUCUCUCUUUCUCUCUCUCUCUCUCUCUCCUUCUCUUUCUCUCUUUCUCUCUCUCUUUUUCAUUGUCCUCAUUAGACAUAUUGUCUCUCUCUGUCCCCUCAGACCCCGGUCCUGUUGACCCCGAGUCCUCUUCCGUCCACCAUCCACUUCUGGAGCACGCUCAGUCCCAUCGCUCCUCGCUCCCCAGCCAAACUCUCCUUCCAGGUAAAAAACCCAACCCAUGGUGAACGGCACCAAUCCUAACAACAGCAGCGAUGAGCAGCGCUGUAGAAGACAGAAGGGGAGAGAAGAAUAGAAGAGAAAAGAACAGAGUAGACUAGAUUAGAGUGGAGUAGAGUAAUUUGGAGUGCAGUAAUAUAGAGUAGAAUAGAAGAGAGUAAUAGAGAGCACUGUAAUAUAGAGAAGAAUAGAAUAUAAUAAAGCAGAGUAAAAUAGAGUACUAUAGAGUAGAAUAGAAUGAAAUAGAAUAGAGUGAUAUAGAGUAGAAUAGAAAAGAGUAAUAUAGAGUACAAUAGAAUAGAGUAGAAUGCAGUGGAAUAGAGUAAUAUAGAAUAAAAAAGAAUACAGUAGAGUAAAGUAAUAUAGAAGAGAAAGGAAUACAGUAGAAUAGAAUAGAGUAGAACACAGUAGCAAAGAGUAAUAUAGAAUAGAAUACAGUUGAAAAGAGUAGAAUAGAAUAAAAUACAGUGGAAAAAGUGUAGAAUAGAAUAGAGUAAAAUAAAAUAGAAUAGAGUAAAAUACAGUAGGAUAGAUUAACAGAAAAGAAUACAGUAGAAUAGAGUAAAAUACAGUAGGAUAAAGUAAUAGAGAGUAUAGUAGAACACACUAGAAUAGAUGAACAUAGAAUAGAGUACAAUAGACUAGAGAUAUAUAGAAUAGAGUUGAAUACAGUAGAAUAGAUCAACAUAGAAUGGAAUACAGUAGAAUAGAAUUAAAUAGAAUAUAGUAGAAUAGAAUUAAAUAGAACACAGUAGAAUAUGGUAGAAAAGAGUAAUAUAGAGUAGAAUAGAAAACAGUAGACUAGAAUACAGUAGAAUUCAGUAGAGUGAUAUAGAGUAGGAUUGAUUAGAAGAUGAUAGAGUAAUAUACAAUAGGAUAGAAAAGAGGAGAAUGGAAAACAGUAGUAUGGAAUAGAGUGAUAUAGAGUAGAAUAGAAAAGAAUAGAGUAAAAAAGAAUGGAGUAGAAUUCAGUUGCUUAGAGUAAUAUAGAAUAAAAUAGAAUGAAGUAGAUGAGGGUAGAAUAGAAUAGAAUUCUCAAUGGUCCUGAUGUUCAGGCCCUCUGGCAGCGCUGCAUUAAAAACAGACCAGACUCUGGAGUAGAAAUCACCACAUGUGUUUUUUAUUUCAACUGCUUUGAUGUUUUUUGGAAACCAUGGAUGCUGCCCCCCCCCCCCCCCCCCUAUCUUGUUAUCAGUCCAAAUUCAACAUCCCUGAUGGUUUAGGGAUCCUCAGAGUCCAUGUCCGAGAGCGCCCCCCUCUGGUCAUUUUUCUAACAUGUGAUCCUUUUUUUUUCAGUUGAAUAGAAAUGCUCUGAAAAACAUCAAAGUCUUUUAUUGUUGUUGAAUUCAGCUGAAAAAACUCAAACUGAGGAAAAAGAGAAACCUGCUCCUGAGUGAACGGACUCACAGACAGGUUUCCUUCAGGGACAGGAGGACAUCUGAGGAACCAUCAAAGUCCAAGUCUGUAAUCCAGAUCAUCAGAAUCAGGGACAGAUACAAGAUUAGUCCUUCAACCAGAUUCAGAGACUCAUAUAUCCUCUGACAAAAACACACAAACACACACACACUGUGCUCUGCAUGUGACCCAGGUUUCUCUCUCUCUCUCUCUCUCUCUCUCUCUCUCUCUCUCACUCACACACACACACACACACACACACAGGUCUGGUCUCUCUGCAGGGUUCUGGCUCUGUUUUUUUCUCCAUCUGUUCUCUAAAAACAGAAAAUUAUUAAAGAUUCAGUUCACACAAAUCCAAUCCUACGUGACUCCCUAAAAAAUUUAGCGUCUCUUUUUGACAGAAUCAGACUCUUUAAAAACCAAAAACUCUCCUGAAUAAAAGUGAGACCAUUAGGCGCUCAUGUCAGUGUGGGAAAUCUCAGCUCCCUGAAUCUUAAACUCUCUGAUUUGGGUUAUAAAACAUUUGAUUUGCUUCUUCUCCCUCUCUGCCCUUGUUGGCUGGUGUAAUGACACUUUGUCGCCCCUCUGUGGUGUGUUUGGAUAUUACUGGAUGUGAACAAAAAUCAUUCAGCUUUGAGGAGAUCAGUCAUACAAAGCCCUUCUGGUGACAUAGGAGAAAAAAAAAAUUAAUGUGUGGCCACGAGAUAAUUCAACUUAAGUAGCGGAAUCAUCCAGGGGGAAGUUUGUUUGAUUCUUGCAGCUCUGGACCCUGAUGCCUCAGCCAUCCGUCUAUCCACAACACUAAAGCUACCCUCAUUCAUUCAGCAUCACCAACACUGACAUGUCAGGCUUCACGUAGUCCACUGUCCCUGUGCACUUGAGUCAAUCUAAGGGACUAAUCAAGUUUACAUUUACAGAGUUCGGUGAAGUUGAAAAGAUAUUCACAGAUUCGGACUUCCAGGAUCAAUAAAGGUCCUUACACACUGGGGCUGACACGAAUAUGGGGCGCGAAAUCAUCAUCAAUAUUCAGAGGCGAAUUUUGUUGCGCCUGACUAUACACAUCAAGCCCGAUGCAAUUUUGAGACUUUCGGGGAAGAAAAAGACGCAUCCCAGGGAAGACUUUUCCCGGGGAAAGUCCCGCCUCCUUCGCCUCUGAUUGGCUAGAAAAGCUGGAAACGUCAUCACACGCUCAAGCCAAACGGUCAGCACUUAUAGCCAAUCAGAGGCGAAGGAGGGCGGGACCUUCCCUUAACAACCAACGUCCCGGGUGGAAGCAAGAGGACAAAAAUGGAGUCUACUUCAACUUCAAGUGAUGGCGAAUUGGUACUUCUUUUGCUUUCUCAAAAGAAAAAGAAACUUAGCACAUGGGUGCAUCCAAUAUUAAAAAAAAAAAGAAGAGCACUUGGUGAGUUUCACUGCUUGGCUCAGGAGCUGAAACUGUACCACGGUCGCUGAUUGUUUUCAGUUCUGAUUAGACAUUAGUGUUGAGAUGGCUUUCUGUCAUGAUAGCAAAUACUGAGUCGGGGCCAGUACCAGAUAAGCACAUGAAACUAUGGUAACAACUGUAAGCUUAUGUUAGCACAGAUGAAAGUUAAAACAAAGACGUUAAGCAAACUGUUAAAGCACACAAACCAUUGUCAUAUGAGAGAUUCGAUGCUAUGACUCCCCACAAGUUGUCCUUCAGGUUGUUAUCUUUGUAAUGUUUUUGUUUUUUUAUCAAAAAGCACUCUGUUCUCUAACAUGUAAACAAUCAGCCGGUCGGAUAUGUUGGAUAUGUUGGAUAUACCGGUGAAUCUGACAUCGCAACAACACGAAAUCUGAUUGGUCAGAAGUGGACACACAGUAUGCGAAACUUUAGAAAAAUCAACCAUGAUCUGAAAAAAUAAAUGCCGCAAUAUCGCAGGACGGGAAAACAUUGCUGAUGUGAACGCUUGUAUUGACAGGAUACGGGUUUUGAAAUAAUAAAUUAACGUCCGAAAUAAUCGCACGACAAAAACAGUCUGGUAUGUAAGGACCUUUACUCUGAGAUGAAACGCUGUCCAAACAUAAAUAGAGACGCACCGAUCCAUUUUUUUCCAAUCCAGUCCAAUACCAAUACCUAGGCUGAGAAUAUCGUCUGAUAGCUGAUACUGAUCCGAUGCUACUGUUAAAUGAAUGAACUGUUUACCUUACCCUGAGAGAGAAGGCAUCAGGCUUGACAUUGGCCUUGUUAAAAAAAAAAGGUAACAAAUUAACACAGAUUGACUAAUUAUUAUUUAAUGACAAAUAAUAAAUUGCACAUUAGCACACAGCAAAAUGAAGAAAGAAGUAAGACUUCCAUGUAUUAAAAGAAAAAAAAAGACUGGAUCGGCAUCAUCCAUCCGAUAUCAAAGCCGAUAUCCGAACCAAAUAACGGAUUGGUGCAUCCCUAAACACGAAUGAUGCCUGUUUCAUGUCGUAAUACCACAGACUACUAGCUACAAGAAUCAAAAACCAGCUUGUUACAAAAACAAGCCGUUCUUCAAGCUGGAUGAAUAAUAGUGAUUGCUAUGCGCAGCCGGUGGCCAGGCAAGUGUGCAGGGAUCGUCUGCAAAUUGCAAUACAAGCUAAAGACGCUGCAAACAACAAUCAAUAGCUCCACUGUCAUACAGUACAGAGACCCUUGGUAUGUGUGGUGAUUUUGGAGUCUCUGUACUGUAUAACAGUGGAGCUAUUGAUUAAUAUUGGAAGAUAUUAAUGAUUAAUCUCACUUUAAAAAAAAAAACCUAACAUUAUAAAAAAGCACAUUUUUUUAAACACAGCUGUUGUAGUAUGAGCGUAAGGAGACCCUUGGUGUGUUUGGUAAUUUUGGAGUCUCUGUGCUGUAAAACAGUGGAGCUAUUGAUUUUUUGUUUGCAGCAUCUUGAUCUUGUAUUGCAAUUUGCAGACAGUCCCUGCGCACUGUGUACACAAAGCAAUCAAUAUUAUUCAUCCAGAAGAAUGGCCUGUUUUUGUAACAAGCUGGUUUUUGAUUCUUGUAGCUAGUAGUCUGUGCUAUUACGACGUGAAAGAGGCGAUAUUUGUGUUUGGACAACGUUUUGGCUCAGAGUUGUUGAUCCUGGAAGUCUGAAUCUGUGAAUAUCUUUCCAACUUCACCGAACUCUGUAAAUGUAAACUUGAUAAGUCCCUUAGAUCGACAUGUGCAUUGACUCAAGUGCACAAGGACAGUGGACUACGUGAAGCCUGACAGGUGUUGGUAAUGCUGAAUGAAUGAGGGUAUAGUCCAGUUGGACAGAGGGGGUUCAGUGCACCCCCUGAGAUAUAUUUCUAAUCAGUGUUUUUCUAUAGGAAAAAAUGUGCUGAAAAUGAUGAGCUAUGACAAAAAGUUCUCAGAAUGUCCCAUCUGCCCCAAAACCCCCAAAAACCACUUUUUGGUACAUGACUCUAGCGAAAUUGUGUUAAGGCAAAUAUUAAUUCACUAAAAGUCUAAAAUUUGGCAUGGGGUAUCCUGAGACAUAGGGUUAAUGUUGGGUCUAAAACCUGCAACAAAUGUCUGAAAACACAUAAAGAAGAGAAAGACAAUGGUUUAGAUUUUUACUCGAGGAGAAUGACAGAGACAGUCUCAGGUACAAUCUCAAAACCACUCUGGAGGUAUUUCUGUCCAGUCUCUUUUAUUUAGGGUUGUCCCUGGUUACACAAUGUUACUAAAGGAUGGGGGAAAAAUAUGUGCAGCAACGUAAGCACUCUCAUAAAACAUAAUUAUGAACAACAGAUAAUAUGUGAGGGCAACAUUGUUGACAUUAAACGAGCUCCUUCUGAUAGGAGCGGAUCCUCCUCAUUACUUCCCACGAUUCACAGUGGAGGAUACAUCACACACAUACCUGCUAAUAAGAGAAACAAGGUCACAGAGAAGUUAAGAAACACUCAUGUGCUGUGUAAUAAAGCUAUUGGAGAGAGAAGUUAGAAAACACUCUUAUAUGAUGUGUAACAAGAGGUCAAAACAGUUCAUACUUGCAGCAAACUCUUAAAUAAGAAUUUGAGUAAGAUGAUAACUUCUAUAUACAUUUAUACACAUUAUUCUGACAGUUAAGUAGCCCAAUAGGAUUUUAGGACCUGCUACAACUGUAUUCAUAAUUAUGACCAACAUCAUCCCCAGAAACACAAAAAAUAUACUGUCCGCUUGACAAAUAAUAACAAAGAUGAUUAAUUUCCAGCACUUUAUGGUGAAUAUCACUGCCUCAUAUGUUGAUAUAUAUAUAUAUAUAUAUAUAUGUAUAUGUAUAUGUAUAUGUAUAUGUAUAUAUAUAUAUAUAUAUAUAUAUAUAUAUAUAUAUAUAUAUAUAUAUAUAUAUAUAUAUAUAUAUAUGUAUAUAUAUAUAUGUGUAUAUAUAUAUAUAUAUAUAUUUCCGGUAUGAGUCCCACGCAAGUGUUGAUACAUGAGGCCCCUGGUGACCUGGUCUGUCUCAGUCCUUUUCCAGGUUUGGACUGAUGUCCUGGUCUUGGUCAGUCGUGAAAAUUGACGCUUUCUUUCUCUGUUUCUCUCCAUAGUUUCCCUCGAAUGGCAGUAAUCAGAUCCACAUCCCGGCUCUGAGCGUCGACGGACUCUCCACCCCCGUGGUUCUCUCUCCUGGACCCCAGAAACCCUGAUCACCUCACGCCGGUCCUUAGCUGACUCAGACCUGACCUCGCCGCCUGGAGGUUUGAAGGAGAACUGCACCUGGGAAUCACACGGUACAUUUGCGCUGUGGGCUGACUGGGAGGUUUGAUGGUUUUAUUGGGAUUUUCUCAGCUGGAUGGGGAUCUUUUUCUGGAGGGUGUCUGGGCCUCAUCCUCUGUGAAUUCUUCAGCCUUUCUCCUAAUUUCUGCAGUGGUGCUCAAACACUCUGUGGAGGAGUCACGGCGCUGCACCUGAACGCAUCACGAAGCGCCAGCAGACAGGAAGUGGUGAUUUUAAAGAUGGCGGCUUAAGGUUUGUUUCUGAGGAUGAACCUUCCUGUUUGUGUUUUUAGGAGGUUUUUUGUGGUUUUUACUGGAAAUCUUUGAAGCUCUGUGGAGGAUUUUCUCUCUGACUGCUGAUGAAUGGAGGACCUGCGGGCCAGUCUCGUCCUUCGUCUCCAUGGAAACAGGAAAAACUUUUUUUUUUUGCAUUUAUUUAUUCCGGACUCGUCCCGGUUUCCUCUCUCUCUUCACUCCUAGAUGAACAUUUUUGAACGAGUCGACUCUGAAGGGUUUAUUUCCUCGCUCUUACGGGCGCUUUUUAAGGCCACGCCUUCCUUAAAGUUAUGCAUGGCCUGUUAUUGGACCGAACUCCUCUUCAUCAUUUUGGACUAACCAAUCAGAGAGGAGUGUUGAUGAUGACGAUGAGCGGGGUUUUUAAACAGCCAAGUUCUCUCUCUCUCUCUGGAGUCUCUUCACGUGACAGAUUGUAUAUUUUAUAAAAGUCUGAUUUAAAAACAUUCAAAGAUUGGAGGAUUAAAAACUGUUUUUAAGGAGGCCAUGCCUCUCUGGAGGGUUUAAAGGCUGGACAGAAAUGUUUGUUUUAUUGAUAGGUGAUCGGUUAUUGGUUUAUUUUCAUUCCUGACGUUCAGUAGAUUUUCAGCUGCUCUCUCUGUUUCCUGUUUUUUGUUCCUACAGCCUCGGACUCGCUGUGUUUUUAAUCUGCAGCCGCCGUCGUGAUGUCGACCGCGAUUUCACGAGCCGGCGUUUUUCAAAAAGCAACAUUUCAAAGAUGAUGGCGUUUAACUGAGAGGAGGGAGGUUUUCAGGGUUCAAGUCAGAGCAGUCCAGAUUGACUGCCUGUUUCUGAACAUCCAAACAUGUAAACCAGGUUUUAGUUCUUCAGUCCUCACAGCGGAAAUGCUGAAUGUAUGACAUUAAAAUUAAAACUUCACAAUUCAGGAGAAAAGUCUUUAAAUCUAAAGAUUAAAGUCAUAAUUAUUCAAAAUUAGAACUUUAGAUUCAAAGGUUUAGUUUGUAAAUUCAAGUUAUAAAUUCACCAGAUUAAAUUUAGACAUUUGUCUAAGAGUGAAGGUCGUUUUACAGAAAAAUGUUUGAACACUUAAUUUCACAAAACUGACAAGAAUGGUGUUGUGAACAUUUGAGAUGAAAGUUUGAGUUUAAACUUUUAGAUUUCAAAGAGAGAGAAAGUUUAAAAUAGUAGAAGUUAAAUUUGAUUUAAUGAGACUUUAACAGUUUAAGAGUUUAGGACUUUGACUCCGUGGAUCUGUGCCUCAGUUUUUCUGCACCAGUCCUGAGGAUUCAGCUCCACCCUGCUUCACCAUCAGACCGUCUCUAGAGUCAAAUUUGACUUUUUUUACAUAAAUUUGAGACUAAAGUCACAAGUUUAGUCUUUAAAUCUCAAUGUUUUUGCCUCAAAGCGGCCCUAAUACUCGGUCCUGAGUCCUCUCGUCACCUCUGGACAUCUAAACCCGGUCUCUGUGACUGAGUCAACGUUCACACCUGCAGCUCAUGUGGAAAAUUUCUGUAAAUUUUUAGGAGUUUCUGUCGAGUGUGAAAAGAGGCUUCAGAGUCCCUGCAGUCAGGGGAUUUACCUGUUUGAAUUCAUUAAAGUCUCCUGGCAGAGCUGACCUCUGAUUGGACGGUGACUCCAGGUCACCUGUGAUUCCCCUUCCAGGUGGCGAUUUUUUUGCUUUCCUACCAUCCUACGAAAAAAUAUCCUGUCCAGGUGUGUAAAUUGAAGCAACAAUCAGAACCCGACAAAGUGCCACAAAAGAAGCUGCACAUUUUCUACAAACACUUUGAUUUCUCGGAGUCCGAACGUCAUGGAUGGCUUUCGGUUUUCUUGUCGUUGUUGCUGUUGUUGUUCUCGUUUAUGAUGCUAGCUGAAUUCUGUUGUUGCCAUAGUAACCUGACCUGACUGUUGUUAUUCUCGUUAUUGUUGUUGCUGCGGAGCCGAAGCUCCCCAUGAUGAAGCUGUUAACGUGUUUCUAUGCUCAUGUGUGACGAUGAGGCUCACACAAACACGCACACACACACACACGUCAGGAACUGAGUGGUGCUGAGAGUCACUGUUUCAGGUUGGAAAUGCUGGUUUCGCGGUUUAAGAGGAGUUAAGAGACUUUUUGUGAAACUGAACUUGAAUAAUUCAGUGAUCUCAGCUCCAGCUCUGUUCCUGAUGGCGCUGUGAUUUCCCAGCCUCGGCGGUGACGUAAACGCAGCACCAAGCCAUUGUGUUCGACUGUUCUUUACAGCACGACUCUAUUUUUCUAUCAGAGACGGCAAGUUUUUAUCUACAUGAAUGAGUUAAAAAGAGCAACGAAGCCUUUCAGCCGGGGAAAAAGACGGUUUUAAAAGAAAUCAUCCAGACGACGAACAAAAAGCCAUUUCUUAAAAAAAAAAAAAAAAAAAAAAAAAAACAUUGAGUGUGACAUCUUUAACGUUUCUCUCACCAGCAGAACAUGAAGAAUGUUUUUAUAUCGAUUAGUAACUGCGUUGCAUUCUGGGUGAUGUCCAGAUUCACUUUUUUUAUAUGCCACAUUACACUGUAAAAAAUUAUGUGCCACUUAACACAGCAGCAAAAUAACAACAACAAAAGUAAACCAGAGAACGAAGAGCAUCUAUGAUCUCUAGUUCUACGUGGAAAGGACAACUGGACUGACUUGAGACGUUUCAAGUCUCAAGCAUCUCAGACUUCUCAAGUCAGUCAAGUUGUCCUUUCCAAAAGAGUGUUAGAUUUUGAUCGAUCAGACCUCAGGACAGUCCCUCCUCCCCUCAGUCCACCUUUAAAGGGAUAUUGCGGCGUAAAAUUAAUUUAGGGUUAAACACACCCUAACACAGAAUUAGACACUCCCUCCAGAGAUGAAUGUUGCUGACCGCUUGCUUCUCUAGUUAUACCAACUUUAGUAGCGACUGCAGGAUUGCAAUACACAGCGGUCUGAGGAGCCAUAAACAAACCUCAACCAAAACACCACUCUAUAGUCACAAAUAAUGCUCAGAACAGUUCCCAACUUCAUCAACAGGACAUAUAGGGUCCCAGCCAUAGUACUAUAUUCAGAGUUGUUCUAACUCCUAAGAAAACAAACUAAAGCGGGGGUGUUUCUUUACUUCUGUAGUCUAUAAGCUGGGCCAAGAAACUUCUACUGUUGUAAAAUGGAAGGUAAGGGUGUUUUCAUUGAGCCGAAUUAUCAAUAAAAUCAUGAUUUUGUUAACAGGUAUGGAUAUACACUACAGGCCAAAAGUUUGGGAGCAAGAUCAGAUUUGUACAAAAAAAGAUCAUAGUUUCAUAUAUAUCAUUUGCAACACAAUAAACAUGACUAUUGUGUAAAGAGUAACUUAUCAGAAGACUUUUUGUCUAUAAUUAUUAGGUAUUUGAGUUAUUGUUGCUUUGACUUUGCUUUCUUUAAAGUAAUCUGCUCUGGCUUUGAUAACAGCUUGGCGUAUACCGGGCAUUCGAUCCACAAGUUUUUUAGGGUAUGUUUCAGGGAUUGCAUUCCAAGCUUUUUUAAGUUCAUUAAAAAGAGACUGCUGAUUUCAUGGGACACGUUUUUCUGACCGAUCGAUCCAAUUCAUUCCGCACAAGCUCAAUUGAGAAAGGUCUGGAGACUGAGGGGGCCAAACCAUCUUUUGAAGAACACCUUCCUCUUCUUUUUUGUCUGGGUAACCCUGACAGAGCUUGGCAGAGUGCUUAGGGUCAUUGUCUUGCUGCAAAACAAACUUAUGAGCCACAAGUCUGAGUCCAGAUGGAACAGCAUGGUGCUGGAGGAUGGAGUGGUACUGUUCCUUCUUCAUGAUUUACUUCAAACAAAUCUCCUACUCCAUCACCUGAUAAACAUCCCCAUACCAUGGAACUACCACCUCCAUGCUGAAUUGUGGGUGUAACAUAUGGUGCUUUCAGAGGUUCACCAGUUUGUCUGCGGACAUAGGCUCUGCGUUUUGAACAAGACAGUGCAAACGUGUUUCUAGUCAUCCUAAGUCCAAUUUUUGUGAGCUUUUGCCCACUCAUAUCUCUUUUUCUUGUUCUGUGGAUGAAGUAGUGUUUUUUGCAGAUACACAACCCUUCAGACCAGCCUCUCUCAAACAUCAUUUCACAGUUGUCAGAGAUAUGGGUUUCGACAUUGUCAUGUUGAUUUCCUCCCUUAUUUUUGGUGCUGUCUUUUGCCGAUUACUCCUGAUCUCGGCCUGUAAUGGCCUUGCUUCCAAACUUUUGGCCUGUAGUGUAUGUGCUGUCGAGUUAGUACAUUUGAACAAGAGCACAGUAAAGUUAAAUCAACUUAUUUUCCAAUGAGGUUCUGUUACUAAACAAAACUACACCAUAAUCUACUGAUGUUAGUACAUAUAGGGUCCCAGCCAUAGUACUAGCCAACAAACAUCUUUUUAACUUUGACUAAUUUCUUUAACAAAGAGACUAAACACAACUCACCUACUCUCUUACAGCAGCCGUUUGUCUGUAGUGAGACCUCGGGCCAGUCCAUUACGGACUGCAGCAGGGUAACACAGCUCAAGGAAGAACAUUUAUGAUCAUUUCUUUAUCAUUUCUUUAAGGUAAUAAUCAUCAUUUUAAUUAGGGAUAUUUGGAUCAGAUAUCGGCUCCGAUAGUGACAAAUUUACUGGAUCGGAUAUCAGAUGGAUGACGCUGAUCCAGUCUUUGUUUACUUUUAACUUGUGCACCCCUUGGGACUGUUUUGGUCCUUUGUAACUGUAAUUUUUUGGAUAAUUUUGGCUGUGAUGAUGCAAAUGGCAUGAAAGUUUGUCAAAGUGUGUAAUUUUAGGUGCAAUUUAAUUUUUUUUUUUCUUCCUUUGACCUUUUUUGCAUGUGAGCAAUUUUUAUUACUACAGUAGACACUUCUAAGGACCGAAACCGUCCCAUUGACUCCCAUUAAAACAUGUUUUCUUCAAUACACUGCCAAUGCAGUAUAAUUUUUGGAUAUUUUUUUUCAUGUACACCUAUUCCUUGAGAGUCAAACUGUGUUUUUUUAUGCCGACCAGCAGAUGGCGUCAUUUUGCUUUUUUACUGCCAUACCCUUUAGAACCAGAGGGGCACUGUUUUCCCUUUUUCACAGAGCUGGUGUAUUUCAUGCAGAUAGAUAGAUUGAUAGAUACUUUAUUGAUCCCAAACUGGAAAAUUCUCAUGUUACAGCAGCAAAAAAAUACAAAAUAAAAUUAAAUAUAAUAAGAAGUAUGUACAAUGCAGACUAAAAAUACUAAAUAUAUACAAUAAAAACAGGCUAUAUAUACUAAACAUCCUAAGAGAAAAAAUAAAUUCAAUAAAAAUUGUUUAGGUGUGUUUUAAGGACAUCAUGGAUUAUGUGCAUGAGUUUUCAUGAAUUACUUGUGUGUGUGUGUGUGUGUGUGUGUGUGUGUGUGUGUGUGUGUGUGUGUGUGUGUGUGUCCAUAUGCAGAAUAGCCAAAAUCCUUCCAGAAACAGCGGCAGUUGUACAAUCUGCACCUGCACUUUCCUUCUGUGUGUGUCUGUGUGUGUGUGUGUGUGUCUGAUUGUGUGUGUGUGUCUGAUUGUGUGUGUGAGAGCGAGCGCACGUGGUUCAUAGCGGGCACCUGAUUGAUGUGCGUGUGUAAAAGCAAGCAAGGAAGGAAGGAAGGGAUGGAUGGUGUGUGUGUGUGUGUGUGUCAGCGAGCGAGCGCACAAGGUUCAUAGUGGGCAACUGAUUGAUGUGCGUGCGUAAAAGCAAGGAAGGGAUGGAUGGUGUGUGUGUGUGUGUGUGAGAUUGUGUGUUCGUGCAUGUGUGAGCGCAUGCACGAGGUUCAUAGCAGGCACCUGAAGAGGGAGGGCUUCAUCGAUGUGCGUGCGUAAAAGCGAUGGAUGGAUGGAUGGUCUGUGUGUGUGUGUGUGUGUAUUAUUCAGCACUACAGAAAAAAUACAAAUCCUUUCAAAUCAAUUUUCUCAUCAAUGUUUACCAAUGCCAUGCUCUAAUAAUCAAAAGUUUAAAAAAACAAUUUGCAUUUAUAGGAUGGAAAAUAAUUCACCAAGUGUGUUUUGACUUAAAAUGAUGUAUCAGCUUUUUACAAAAAAAAUUGGCAUUUAUGGGGUUUAAAUAAAAAACCUGAAUAAAGUUUUGCUCUUUAUGAUUAGGUUAUAAGCAUAGACUGUAUAUAGAAUGGACAGAGUCUGCCUCCUCACUGGUUGAAGCCACUCCGAGAACAGCACCCUCUGUUGAUGGGCUGCAGUAUAGGUCAUAAAUCCCGCCUCCGCCAGCAAAUUAUGUAGCUGUGGACAAACUUUAGAAAUUUAUUACACAGAACAUAAAUUUUUCUCCCCCCUGCUUGUGAUGUUGACAUGUAGUUAUUGUAAGACUGGUUUGUGCUCAAGUCCUCUUUUUUUCUGUGAAGCUCCGUUUAUAAAAGUUAUUAGGGGGUUCAUGUUGGCUAUGAUUGACACCUGAUACAGCCUAUGGGCGUUCAAGGAUUGCGUAGCUCUCCCGGGGGACACGCUGUUUGAGCGUCAUCACAGCAACUCUCUGCGACUGCGUGGCCGAAUGCGCGCAUUGCUACUGCGCAGCGCUGGUUUCAGGAAAUGAAGGAAUAUCCCGGAAAUACCGAGAGCUUUUUGGCUUCAAAUCCGUAUACAGGCGGUAGGCGGAACCAAGUUGUCCAUAGUAUAUACAGUCUAUGGUUAUAAGUCAAUGAUGGCAGCCAAAAAAAAAAAAAAAAUUAAUAUAUUUAUUUAGACCCUAUUUCUACUCCAGCAAAAUGGAGGGGACCGUUUCGGUCCCUUAAAGGUGUUAAUUGAGGUUUUUUUUAUUAUUCAACACUACAAAAAAAAAAUACAAAUCUUUUUAAAUCAAUUUUCUCAUCAAUGUUUACCAGUCCCGUGCUCUAAUAAUAAAAAGUUUUAAAAAAACAAUUUGCAUUUAUAGGAUGGAAAAUAAUUCACCAAGUGUGUUUUUUGACUUAAAAUAAUAUCGGGUUUUUACAAAAAAGACGGGCAUUUAUGGGGUUUAAAUAAGAAACCUGAAUAAAGUUUUGCUAUUUAUGAUUAGGCUACAAGUCAAUGAUGGCAGCCAAAAAAAAUAAAUUAUAUUUAUUAGACAUAUUUCUACUUCAGCAAAAUGGAGGGGACUGUUUCGGUCCCUAAGAGGUGUUAAUUGAAGUUUUUUUUAAUUAUUCAAAGCUACAGAAAAAAUACAAAUCCUUUACAAUCAAUUUUCUCAUCAAUGUUUACCACUCCCAUGCUCUCAUAAUCAAAAGUUUAAAAAAAAAUUUGCAUUUAUAGGAUGGAAAAUAAUUCACCAAAUGUGUUUUUUGACUUAAAAUAAUAUCGUCUUUUUACAAAGAAGACUGGCAUUUAUGGGGUUAAAAUAAAAAACCUGAAUAAAGUUUUACUCUUUAUGAUUAGGUUGUAAGUCAAUGAUGGCAGCCAAAAAAAAAAAGUCAUAUAUUUAUUUAGACCAUAUUUCUACUGCAGCAAAAUGGAGGGGACCGUUUCGGUCCCUUAGGGGUGUUUAUUGAAGUUUUUCUUAGGGGUGCACAAGGGUUAUUAAUUAUUUUUUUCAAUACAUGGAAGUCUUACUUAUUUAUGCUGUGUGCUAAUGUGCAAUUUUUUAUUUGUCAAUAAAUAAUACUUAGUAAAUUUAUAUCUGUGAUAAUUUGUUACCUUUUUUUAACAAGGCUAAUGUCAAGCCUGAUGCCUUCACUCACAGGGCGAGGUACACAGUUCAUUCAUUCAACAGUAGUAUUGGAUCAGUACCAGAUAUCGGCCGAUAUGCUCAGCCCAGGUACUGGUAUCAGAUUGGAUUAGAAAAAAUGUAUUGGUGCAAAUCUAAUAUUAAUCAUUUCGCACUGCAGGCACGGUAGUUAUUUUGUCUUAGCGUCUCGGUCUGAUUAUAUUUCCAUAAAGAAAUGAUCAUAAAUGUUCUUCCUUCUGCUGCGAAACCCUGAUGUAGUCCGUAAUGGACUGGCCUGAGGUCUCGCUACGGACAAGCGUCUGCUGGAAGAGAGUAGGUGAGUUGUAUUUAGCCCUGUUUCAUUGAUGAACGUUUCAUCCAAAAGAACUAAACUGUGAACGAUGUGAACUGAAUCACUCUGAGACCUGAUUCUUUCCUUUCUCAGUUCAGUUGAGCUCAGCCACAAGCUUAAGAAAUUCUUCAAAGUUAAAAAGAUGUUUGGUGGCUAGUACUAAGGCUGGGACCCUAUAUAUACUGUUGAUGAAGUUAGGUGCUGUUCUGGGCAUUAUUUUUGGCUAUAGAGUGGUGUUUUGGUUGAGGUUUGUUUAUGGCUCCUCAGACCGCUGUGUAUUACUAUCAUGCGGUCGUUACUAAAGUUGGUAUAACUAGAAAAGCAAGCGGUGUGCAACAUUCAUCUCUGGAGGGGGGGUCUAACUCUGUGUUACGGUGUUUGACCCUGAAUUAAUUUUACGAUGAAUUAUCCCUUUAAACGGACUCUGGUCUUUCUGGAUCUUGUCUCUAUCUGGUUUCUCCUUUAAUGAUUUGAACCGCGUCACAAUCUGCUGCAAGGUGUUCCGAAUUAACACCUGUAAAAACCGGCACAACAUUUUUCACACCUGUGCGCGUGCACAUCUCAGCCCCUGAAGGUGUAAGGGCCGCCACCACCAAUGUGUGAAUCAGAGGCGGCUGCAGCAUCGUGCCGAUCCCCGCAGAGACUUGCAGCUCGGAUCGCAGGUCUGCUCUUGUUUUAAACUCACAGCUUUGGACAGGAGACCUUCUCGUGUUUUCAGCCUCACGUUUCGCACGCGCUCAGACGGGCCUUCGACGGAGUUAACGUGCUAACCUGUUCCCACCUGCUAAUUGUUUUGAUUAAAGCGGAUCUUCAUCUGGAGCUUUCUGUCUGAUCAGCUGUGUCUCCACGGAAACAAACAGCUGCUGUUGCCAUGGAGAUGACUUUGGCGUCAGGGUUUUUUCAGAAUAAGAGUCUUAUUUCAUGACAGAUUUGAAAUGCAGUGACAGCAAUGUAUUCUGGGACUUCUUUACUCCUCUGACCUCUGCUUUGGUUUGAUGAUGAAACCACGUGGCCUAAAGCGUUUCUGAGUCUGCUCCUCUGUGAUUGGUCGACAUCUCUGACAUGAUGAGACACGCCGUCAAAGGCCGAGAGAAAGCAAACAUGAACUUCCUGUCAGAGGUCAGGAUGCUUAAUCACGCCACGAGAGAUGAAAUUACGAAUUUUGAAGGGCUGACCUCGUCGUGGAUCACUUGACUUGCUUUCAGCCACGUACUUGGUCUCUGUCCCAUGAUGCUUUGCAGCAGGAUGACAUCAGACAGAAAGCUCUGUGUAAACAUGUUUUCUAUAUUUUUUGUACAUAAGUGAAUCUAUAAUCUGAAUCUAUAUAUUCUGUACCUGUGUGAAGGCCCCACCUGUUUCUGUGGCCUAUCGUCCCUGUCAAAUCCAGCAUGACCCUGCCCCUCCUCGGCUGUGAUUGGCAGAGAGUUUAUUGAUGUAAAGGGGCGGGGCCUGCUCUUAUUUUUCUGAGACAGAGCUCUUGUUGUUUCUCGUGUCGUUUACUGGAUAUUGAAGAAAAGAGAAGCUAUUUUUUAUGGACAUAACUUUAGUUUCUGUUUGUGUAACUGUUUCAGAUGAUCCUCUGCUUUUCUACAAACACACCCACACACACACACUGAGGACGAGUAUGAGAAUAAAAUAUUUUGUUCUGUA